CAUAGUCAGACACACAUCGGCUGUUGACUGAGAAGGUCGAAAAACGGGGACGCUCCCUGCGACGGCAACGUUUUUGAAAAUUUUUCGCCAUUUUGAAUUCGAUUCAAUUUUGUGUGUGUAAUCCAAACAGUGCGGCCAAAAGCCAAGCGCUCCAAGUGAAGUGCGGUGUUUGAGGAAAAAAUUAAAAAGUAAAACAGUUUGUUUAAAUAGUGAGCAGUGAUUAAUAAUGGGUGAUUAUCAUCAUGAUGCUUUGGUACCGGAGCUGAGCGCCAGCACCGGAAUGGUCCGGCGUCCUUUCGAUCCGACGGCCCACGAUCUGGAAGCUUCGUUCCGGUUAACCCGGUUUGCCGAUCUGAAGGGCCGUGGCUGCAAGGUUCCGAAGGAUGUCCUGGAGAAGUUGGUCUCGUCGCUGCAGCAGGAUUACACCCAGGAUCCGGAAGCGGCGUACCUGUCCAUGUCUUCGCCCCGGAUCGGAAUCGGUCUGGAUUGUUCCGUAAUCCCGCUGCGCCACGGUGGCCUCUGCAUGGUCCAGACGACGGACUUUUUCUACCCGAUUGUGGACGAUCCGUACAUGAUGGGAAAGGUGGCCUGCGCCAAUGUCCUCAGCGAUCUGUACGCGAUGGGAGUGACCGAGUGCGACAACAUGCUGAUGUUGCUGGCCGUCAGCACCAAAAUGACGGAAAAGGAGCGCGACGUCGUGAUUCCGCUCAUCAUGCGGGGAUUCAAGGAUUCUGCCUUGGAAGCGGGUACAUCGGUAACCGGUGGCCAGAGUGUGGUCAACCCGUGGUGCACGAUCGGUGGAGUGGCCACCACGAUCUGUCAGCAGAACGAGUUCAUCGUGCCGGACAAUGCUGUGGUCGGUGACGUGCUGGUCCUUACGAAGGCCCUCGGAACUCAGGUCGCGGUCAACGCGCACCAGUGGCUGGAUCAGUCCGAGCGCUGGAACCGCAUCAAGCUGGUCGUUUCCGAGGAGGACGUCCGCAAGGCGUACCACCGUGCGAUGGACUCGAUGUCUCGGCUUAACCGCAUCGCAGCCAGGCUCAUGCACAAGUACAACGCGCAUGGUUCCACCGACAUCACCGGGUUCGGUCUGCUCGGCCACGCCCAGACAUUGGCUUCGCACCAGAAGAACGAAGUCUCCUUCGUCAUCCACAACUUGCCGGUGAUUGCCAAGAUGGCCGCCGUGGCCAAGGCCUGCGGAAAUAUGUUCCAGCUGCUGCAGGGCCACUCGGCGGAAACCUCGGGUGGACUGCUGAUCUGCUUGCCCCGUGAACAGGCCGCUGCCUACUGCAAGGACAUCGAAAAGCAGGAGGGAUGCCAAGCCUGGAUCAUUGGCAUCGUCGAGAAGGGCAAUCGCACCGCCCGAAUCAUCGACAAACCACGAGUCAUUGAAGUUCCCGCCAAGGAAUAAGUCACAUAAAAUGCUGCAAAACACUAACUUUUUUGAUUUCCACAUUCAGCCGCACAUUAGAUUCAGCCAACCUUUCUUUAAAGCUUGUAACAUUUCCAACAGUGUUUUUAUACCUAUUUCACACAAUCACAAAACAGAUACUUUUUAGCUGGUAAGAUAAGUCUUGAAGAAACGCAACUAUUUCAUUUGGAUAACAAGAAAAAAAAAAACAUCAAUACGGCAGUGAGAGAAAAAGCGAUAUACAUAUUAAUUAGUAGAUGUGUUAUAAACUAGCAUGUAAGGACAGUUUUAUUAUUUUUUUAAAUUUUAAUACGUAGCAGCGCGUCUUAAGCUGAGAUCGAGCCAUCUUUACACAGUAAUGAGACGAGAAAGAGAUAUAAAAAAAAAGGAUUAAACUACACAAAAGACGAAUGCAGGAUAGGUGACAUUUUUCGUUCUAUGAAAAAUAAAUAUUCAAAAUUAUUUUCCAAAAA